AUGAAUAAUGAUCACUUUUGGAAAUUUUUUGUGGCUGCUGAAGAAAGUAAGAAGAUGAGUUUCAAACCACCAGCAUUAAAACCAGCAGGAGGUGCUGCACCUUUGAAACCAGCUGCACCUGGUGCCCCACCAGCCAAGCCAGUUGGAUUCGGUCCACCCAAGCCAGCACCAGUAGGAGGUGCCGGCGCACCACCAAGCACCGGACCAAGACCACCCGUUUCUGCACCGGUUGGCGGUGCUCCACCCAGACCAGCACCAGUCGGAGGUGCACCACCAAGACCAGUCGGUGCUCCAGCUCCAGCACCAGUCGGAAGUGCAGGUGCACCACCACCUAGACCAGUUGGCGCCGGUGCACCACCACCCGGCACUGGACCAAGACCACCCGUUUCUGCACCGAUCGGAGGAGGUGCACCAAAGCCUGCACCAGUUGGAGGUGCACCACCUAGACCAGCACCAGUUGGAGUUGGUGCUGGCGCUCCACCACCCUCAAAGCCAUCGCCAGUCGCUAGACCACCACCAUCACAACCAACAGCUACACCAACAGCACCACCACCCACCACAUCAGCACCAGUAGCAGCACCACCAAGAGCAGCACCAAAACCAGCACCAAAACCAAAGGAUGACGAUGAUGAUGGAUGGUCCGACGAAGAAGAUAUGGCAGCACCAAAGAUGAUCUGUACCUGUCGUGUUAUCAAAGAUUACAUUCCAACAGAUAACAAGACAUUGACAUUGAUUCUCGAUGAUUUGGUCUAUGUAUUUAACAAAGUAAACAAAGAUUGGUGGGAAGGAGAAUCAAAGUCUGUCUAUGGACGUUUCCCUGCAGCUCACGUUGAAGUAAUCAAAGAAUAA